GGCGCGCGCGGAGUGGCCGCUGCGGGCACCGAGCGGAGCGGGGCGGCUCGGGGCCGGGGCCGCGGGGGAAGAUGCCAGUGGCGGUGAUGGCGGACACCUCCUUCAGCUUCAAGAAGCUGCUGGAGCAGUGCGAGACCCAGGAGCUGGAGGCCCCUGGAGGAAUUGCAACACCCCCAGUUUAUGGUCAGCUUCUAGCACUGUACCUGCUGCACAAUGACAUGAAUAAUGCACGAUAUCUUUGGAAAAGAAUUCCUCCUGCUAUUAAAUCUGCAAAUUCUGAACUUGGUGGAAUUUGGUCAGUAGGACAAAGAAUUUGGCAGAGAGACUUUCCAGGAAUCUACACAACAAUCGGCGCACAUCAGUGGUCUGAGACUAUUCAACCAAUCAUGGAAGCACUUAGAGAUGCAACUAGGAGACGAGCUUUUGGACUGGUUUCUCAGGCAUAUACCUCAAUAAUUGCAGAUGAUUUUGCAGCCUUUGUUGGACUUCCUGUAGAAGAAGCUGUGAAAGGUGUUUUAGAACAAGGAUGGCAAGCAGACUCAACAACUCGUAUGGUAAUGCCUAAAAAGCCAGGGGCACUGGGAGCCCAUGGAACUGAACAGUACCUCUUCCUGCGCUCUCUGGGCAUCAGUCCCAGACCUUCCUUCCUUGGGUGCAGCCCCCAGGCAGGGUACAAUGCUGAGAGCACAGGGUGAGGUACUGUGCAGCUCUAGUAUCCAAGUUUUAGCUACUGCUCUGCACAUAGCCUCCCCACCCAGCCUGCAGCAUCUCCCCUCCUGUGCGGUCCAGGUGCACAGGCAGGUUUGCAGGGCUGCAGCCCCAGAAGGAAGCACUGGGAUGUACUGAGCACAGGCUGCAGGAACGUUUGCAGGGCUGUAGCCAGGGAAGACCCAUCCCAGCAUCUCCCUUCCUGGCUGCAGCCUAGCAAACCUGCCUGCAACUGGGGGGUCUCUUCCAAAAAAUAUUGUGAAUAAAUGGCAUGCCAUUACUAGUAUCCAAAUCCCAUUAACAUUAAACUCAAUGGGACGGGAUUGGUUCCUGGCAAAAUGUUGCUGUUAACCAAAAGUUAAUACUUACUUCAUUUUACACAAAGUAGAUUCUGUGUUCAGUAUGAACAGUGCUGUGUGUAAAAAAGAAAGCAAACAUUUUGUGCAGAUCCUUCAAAUGUGUAAGGAGGCAGACAGUGGUAUGGUCUAGUUCAGCAUGAUCAUGUAUUUAUGUGUCUGUGUUUUGACACAAGAUUAUACACUCCACUACUUUUUUUUAAUUGUAAUUGUGAUACGGUAUUGAAAAGAUAAAGCAAGUUUUUGCAAACAGCAUACUGGGAAAUGCUUGUCUUUAACAAAAGUAAUGCUAAUUAAUUCUAUUUAUGUAAAAACUUGAGUAAAAUUUUGCAAAGAGCAGAGACUACUGUUCUAAACUUCUUAAAUACUAGUUUUAAACAGCACCGUAAAAACAAGGAAGAGAGGUGAUUAGAUCUGCCAGAAUAUAUCUUGCUCCUAAAAUGUACUGUUACAUUUAACGAGCUAGGAAAAAAUCCUACUGUCUUGGGCUCCGGAACAAUUAAAAUCCUGCUCACCUGAACAAAAAAUAAUGAUUUAAUGUGUUCCAGACAAGGUGGUGAAAUUCACUUAUAGUCCUGGGUGUAUUGACUGACCUGAGGUUUGAACACACACCACCUGACUCAGCUGAACAGGCAUAUCCUCCAUUUUUUCCCCCUGCGAUAGGAUGAUGUUUACAGCAAAACAGUUUGCAACCCACACUGUGCUAACUAGUGCAUAUAACUAAAAGUGCUGCGUGGGGCUGAACUUCCAUUGUGAGACAAAUGAAAUCGGCAGGAGGGCCAGUCUUCAUUUUCAGUCUGUCAUUCACUAUGCUUAGGAGUUUAAAUGGACCGAUAUUAUACUAUACAAUAAAAAUUUCCAUGAAAGAAAAUAGUAAUAGGUUUGUUUCUAAGGGCUUGUCUUCACUACGGGGGUAAGCUGACCUGAGUUACGCUACUCCAACUACGUGAAUAACAGCUGGAAUCGACGUAGCUUAGGUCAACUUAUCCCGGUGUCUUCACUGUGCUGCUUCAACAGGAGACGCUCUCCGGUCGACUUCCCUUACUCUUCUCAGAGAGCUGGAGUACUAGGUUGACCGGAGCGCACUCUGCCAUCAAUUUAGCGGGUCCCGAUUCCUGCUGCAUCAAUCUCACCAUAGUGAAGACCAGCCCUAUGGAUUAUAGAGUUUUAGACAAUUUUGGCUUAGUACAUUAGAACUUUGCAUAAUGACAGGUUUCAGAGUAGCAGCCGUGUUAGUCUGUAUUCGCAAAAAGAAAGGAGUACUUGUGCACCUUAGAGACUAACCAAUUUAUUUGAGCAUAAGCUUUCGUGAGCUACAGCUCACUUCAUCGGAUGCGAUGAAGUGCGCUGUAGCUCAUGAAAGCUUAUGCUCAAAUAAAUUGGUUAGUCUCUAAGGUGCCUCAAGUACUCCUUUUCUUUUUACAUUAGAACUGUAUUUUUAGCAGAAUGGGUCCCUUAAUGGAUUAACAUUUCCAUUGCAUUUUUC